UAAAGGAGUUGCUGUAUCAGCUGGGAGUUGGACAGGAAGCAGGGAUGCACUCCCACAACAGGAAGAGGUGGAGCUCACAUAAAGGGGAUGGCUGUAACCAUGAAACUGGAGAAAUAAGCAAAGACUGGGCAAAGGUAUGUUUUUCCGCCAAUCAGCUGGUGGAUAUUUUUGCUCUGGAUCCUCAUUUGCCAAUUUCCAAGGAGCAAUUCAGGCAAACAUUCAGCAGUUGCUAGGCAAUGCCUGCGAGACUGCAGAGCAAACAAGAAAAGGAUCUCCUCCCACUGCUCUCGAGAAGUAUGGCUACAGCACGGCGGCCGUCCUGCUCAUCACGCUGGGCUCCAUGUUUGGUAUCUGCCUGAUCUUCUUCAACUCCUGCCAGGAGACCUACACCCUGAUCCUGCAGCUGUUUGUAGGGCUGGCAGUGGGGACCCUCUCAGGAGACGCACUCCUGCACCUCAUACCACAGAUCCUUGGCCUCCAUGAUGACACUCACAGCCACGACGACGAACACUAUGCAGAAGGGAAGGACUAUCUGUGGAGGAUUCUGGGAAUUAUUGCUGGGAUUUAUGGCUUUUUCCUCAUUGAAAGAAUCCUUUCCUUUUUGGUUCCUUCUCAUGGCCAUGGUCAUAGUGAUCUUCCCUUAGAGCUCAACUACAACGGCCAAUCCCAGAGGGGCAAAUCCAUCUCCACCAUACAGCUG